GGUGUCGAGGUCGCGAAGUCUGCAGCAGAGGCCUCUCCGGGAGCCUCUCCGCCGGAGGGGCGCAGGCAGGCGAUGCCGGUUCUGUACGAGCCCUCUGACCACGAGGUCCACAAGAUGCGGAACCUCAAGGAGGCGGCUGCCGGUCGGAGCAUCGUGGACAUGGACCCGGAAGCCAAGGAAAAAGCCUUCUGGGUGAGCCUUGUCCGGGUGAACCCUAUGAAGAAGCCCGGGCAGAAGAAGGUGGAUUCAGCCGACUGGGGCGAUAGUGACAACCCUCUGAUGGGGCCGCACGGUCCGUCCUUCAUCGGGCGCGUCGUCCGUGAUCCCGUGUCUGCCAAGGUAAAGCUGGUGUACGACGGGCACAACCGCUACGACUUUCACGCUGUUGAUCUGUGGACACGCCCCGCCGUGGGAGGGAGUGUGGAGAAGCUCAAGAGGGACAAGUACAUCUUCAAGCCGGUACCGAUGCUGUAUCGCACCUGGCUGUACCACGAGAGCUAUCGGAACCACCGAAGCACCAACACGACCUCUGACGAUUCCGGCGUCAUCAGGCAAAUCCUGAGCAAGGACUGCAUUGAUGCAGAUAUCUCGGCUGGCCGGUGGUCGCCCCUGGUCCCCCUACUGCCGGCUGCUUUCUGCUGCGCGCUGACGUGCGACGAGCUCUCGGUGGGAACCGCGGUCCUUCUCGCCUGGCUGAUCCAAAAAGUCGGCAAUGAUUUGAACAAGCCGGAGAGGUACAAGGAACUCCGCCUGUGGCUCCUGCUGCCACGCCUGGCCUGGGUUGGCUUCCUCAUCUUCCGGGCUCUCUCCUGGCUCCCGGAGGCUGCAAUCCUGAACAUUGUUGGCCUCGCCGGAACUCUACUCUUUUGCUGCAUCGACUUCCUCUACGGUGACCGCGAGUCCGUGAAUAAGUACCGGCUGAAUUGCAGCUAUGAGGUCGUGAAGGUCCUGCCCAACCGGGUUUUCGUGUGCCGGCGGGUGGGAGCCACGGAUUUCGAGAAGCUGUUCGGCUACCGGGGGACCGUGCAUCAAAACAUCUCAGGAAUGGGCUCCUGGGGCCGGGAUAUGACGCUCAUCGCCGAGUUGAUGGGAUGCAUCUUCGAGCUCCGCCCAUUCACUGCGAAGGAUUGGGAGGUCCUGAUCAACGAGGUCCCGGGUGCAGACAACGCCAGGCGCUGCUUCUGGGGUGUGGACUGCUACGACCCACUGAUACCUACGUGGAUCGAUCUGAACCGCAAGGAGCGAGUUGAGGCGGCGGCGCUCCUUUCCAAGGUUGGCGUCCGCCAUGCCUCCGGGAAGGUCGAUGCGGACCGACUACUGCAGCAGUUGGAGGUCAGCAAGGCCCUCUUUGCACGAGAAGAGGCAGCCGUCGCGCAGGUGGUGCACGCUAGCAGAAACACACCACCGGGCACACCCAAGGACCAGGGGCCCCUCGACGAUGACAUGGACCUCUGGUCACGGUCCCCGGCGAUGAGGAAGACUUUGCCGGGACAGGCACCACAUUUACUGACCUGA